UGAAAAAUUAAGAGCACACUUUUCUACUUUACCCAGACUUUUUCUGGGGACAACUACGAACUUAAUAAAAGUUAUUUUCUUACUUUUUGGGGACACCCUCAAAAGCUCGUCCCUUAUUUUACUUAAAUCAUAUUUCCUGAGACAAAUUAGAAUGCUUGUCCCCAAUGUUUGUCCCCAAUUCUUCCAAAUUUUGUAGUGUGUAUCUGUAUGAAAAUGAUCCCGACGAGCAUGAUGAAUGUGUGGGUGGCUUGCUCCCGAGAACGGCGGGGUUCGCGGUUUUCAAGCUGAAUGAAGACGUGCUCGACUGGGAGAAAGUGGAGAGCAUAGGCGACUACGCUUUGUUUUUGGGGAUCGAGUCGGGGCCGCCGGUCUUCGUUUCGCCGGAUGAUUAUCCCGGGUGUAGAGUGAAUUGCAUCUAUUUCACGGACGACGGAAGUGAGUUUCACAAGGAUGAUUGUCAUGGAGGCUACGACAUUGGGGUUUAUGACAUCGGGGAAGACUGUUUAGAGACGUUCUCUUGUCGGGGCUUGUACGAUCCUAUCCUGAUCUGGCCGCCGCCGGUUUGGGUUUUCCCGUGCAUGUAAUAAUUGCUGGAUGACGGUGGGGGAAUUGUUGAGAGUACAAGGAGUAGCAUGUGUAGCGUUGAGUAGUAAGUUUUAAGUUUUUUUUUUUUUUUAAAGUAUUGUGAGUUUGCUUUUAGAGAUUUCAAAUUUCUACAAUGUGCGGAUAUCAAAAUUCUUAUAAUUAGAAAGAUUUUAUAUUUUGAUUCAUGGGAUUUUUUUUUCUUCCUUCUAUCCCAUUUUUUUAUUACGAAUAAACAUGAUUCUUAAUAUAAAAUUAUAAUCUUUUGUUUUUCGUUGAUUUUUUAAAAAAAAUCAACAGUCUAACUUAUUUGGAGUGUUUAUUACAAUCUAUAGUUUUAGACUCAUACUCUCCAAACUUGUGUGUUGUGCUCCCUUAUCCGGUUUCCGGUUGGAUAUUGAAUAAUUUUUUAUCUCAAUAAUCUAAACCUAAAGAU